ACAAUUUGGGAAGGCAGUGAAAUUCAGAAAGUGCUAUCGAAGGAAAUUAUUAUCCUUAAAACGGAAUCUGGUGAGGGUUGAAUGGUACGAGAGAUAACUUUCGUGUGAAAUCUGGGCUAAGCCUCUUCGUAUCAGGAUGGAGCAAUCCGGCCGCCACGGUAUGAUCGGAGAAUAUGUCACAUUCGUUGUAUUCGUGGUUACAACGGUUUUGAUCCCGUUGUGGGGUCGUUUUUUCGGCAGCAAGGAAAAAACUAAAGCCGAGUACGUGUUUGGAAUGGGAACGAUUUCAGUCGGAGCAAUGAUGCUGUCGAUUGCGAGAGGAACCCUGGGCGUCCGGUCACUGAUCGGUUACCCAAGCGAGCUGUUCUACCGAGGAUCAGCCAUGUGGGAAACUUUGUACGGCAUGGUAACAGCCUAUCCGAUCGUUUGCUAUGUAUUCAUUCCGGUGUACUUCAACUUGGGCAUUACUUCGGUUUAUCAGUAUCUGGAUUUGAGAUUCAACAGUCGCUUGGUUCGCUGCCUUGCGUCGGGGACAUACGUUGUCCGUGCGCUGCUAAAUCUGGGUGUCACUCUUUAUACUCCAGCCGUUGCUUUGAAUACAGUCGCUGGUGUCCCGCACUGGGCUUCACUGCUUUUAAUCACGGUCAUCACCAUCUCGUUUAUCCUGCUGGGAGGUCUUAAAGCAGCAAUCACAGCGGAUGUGGUCCAAGGUAUCACCAUGAUUGUGAUAAUGAUUGCAAUUAUUGCACAGUCCAUGUUUAGUGCCUGGAGUGUGGAGAAGAUCCUCACCGUUCCAAUUGAGCAAGAUCGAUUAACAUUUUUCAACUUUACGGGAGAUUUCACCGUUCGAGUUGACACCACAUCGGCUUGGUUAGGACAGUUGUUCAUGUCAUUGAGUAUAUUCGGUUGUCAGCAGAGCUUCGUUCAGCGUUACCUCAGCAUGGGUUCAUUCCAGGAAAUCCAACACACAAUAAUGAUCAACAUUCCAAUCAUCAUUAUCCUGUUCACGAUGGUUUGGACCGUUGGGAUGGGGAUUUUCUCAGUGUACGCGGACUGUGAUCCCUUGAUGGCGGGAUUUAUCAAUAAAAUUGAUGAAGUUGUUGGAUUUUUUGUACAGGAUGAAUUUAGCUAUCUUCCGGGGUUCCUGGGGCUUUUCAUGGGAUCACUUCUGAAUGGGGCUUUGACAUUGAACGUGUCGAAUAUCAACGCAGCAGCGAUCGUCACUUGGGAAGACUUCCUGGCUCCACUUCCAUAUUUCAAGGAUACUCGCGACAAGAAACAACUUCACAUGAUCAGACUGAUCGGUGCGGUGUAUGGAGUAAUUGUUUUGGGAAUCGCUUUCAGCGUUGGAUUUUUAUCCGGUGUGAUUGAGGGUAGUAUGUUGAUGACCUCGGCUACAUCCGGUCCAUUGCUAGGAGUUUUCUUGUUGGCAAUGUUAGUUCCAGUCGCUAAUUGGAAAGGAGCUGCCAGCGGAAUGAUUAUUUCUCACAUGGUAACUCUGUGGAUCACAUUCGGUGGGUUGACGAUCGAUAAAGAGACGCCGUUGCUUCCUACGUCGGUUGAGGGUUGCUCUAAUGAAUCUUUCUCCAAUAGAAUUGGUCAGUUAUCCGAUACGUGGUUUGCAUCUUCUGUUGGUACAACGGAUGGCUUCCAAGACGUUUUCAAUCACAAUGGCACAAAUCAAACGCGACAAUUUCCGGAGAAUCUUUACGCCAUAUCCUACAUGUAUUACAGCUUAAUUGGAACGUUCAUUACCAUGAUGGUUGGUACCAUGGUCAGUGUUCUAACCGAUAAUCCAGAAGAAGAUGCCUAUGAUCAGCGGUUGCUCUUUUCGCCGGUUUACGAACUUAGUCGAGCUUGGCCAGGCGAAGAGCGGCAUUAUGUCUACAAUCCAAAAAUCAAAGCCAAAUCGGUCGGCGCGACCGCCCACACUGCGUCCUACUUCUCCAAAAUCUAUCUGCACUCUUCGUCGAACCAAUAG